UAUAAACGAAGAAACCAGAACGAACAAAAUACCGUAUUUCAUUCUACAUUACACCAACGACAGAUAACGGGUUGUCUGACUCAUAAGGCGUGACGUUGUGUGCGAUGAGCGCCCCACCUAUUCAUCCAGGGUCAAUUGUUCCAGAUAAAUGAAUACGUAACGAGGUGUUGUCAACACCGGCUAUUAUGUUCUGCCCGAGCUGACAGGUCGUUGGAAACGUUCGGCACGCACACUGUGGAGAGGCUAGGCUGUCGCUAAGGCCCACAACUCGCCAUGUCGUUCGAGUUUCUGUAUCAUAACCGUCUGAAAAACGCCCCCAAGGUAAAGGACGAGUCGGCGAACCGGCAGAUCAGGCUGUCUGAGAACUCGUACAAGCGGGGAGCCGGGGAGAACCGAGUCCGGCGGGCGAGCGAGAGAGAAGACGAGCCGAAAGAUGUUCAAGAUGGCGGCAGUGUCCUUUCCGAUGACAACGAUGCGGACCUGGAGCUGCCGCCGGAGGUUGUGCGGUACGAGACGCUGUCCAAGUCGUCCAUCCGCCGCAUGCAGGAGCUGCGGGAGGAGAUCGAGCAGGGCAAGCGGUACCGGCGGGAGAACGAGCCCGACAGGAAGAAACAGCAGAACCCGUUAGAAUGGGAGAAGGUAAAGGGCAAAAAGGGGUUUCGACGCACCGGUUCCGUGGAGUCUGAGGACAGUACGGCCACCAACUCAGACGAUUUAAAAGACUUCGCAACCGUCCGAAGACAGUUAGAACAGAAUUUCCAGCGGUCUCAGUCGGUGGGACCACCAAAGGGUAAGGAAAACGAGCCCAGCACAGGCCGCAGUGUGUCGUUUGACCCCAAUGUCGAUGUGCGUAAAAUACCUAGGGAUGAUUAUCCCAGCAGCAAGAAUGAUUACCAUGAUAUGGUGGAGGAACUGAAGUCGAUGGGUGGAAAGACUCUGGUGAUCGAGCCUGAGAAAAGAGUCAUUUCGACCAAGCAGCAGCCCCGAGCUGACGGAGGGAUUGUGGUGUCCGAGACGCCUCGUUCAGCACCGGUUCGUAGGGAAGCGCCCACCACGUCCCACGGUAGUUACACCAUCACCACACAGCGUCCACAGCCCGUCAUGUCUCCUCCAACUUCACCCCGUCGUGCGACAGAACCACAACAUUACAGUCGCGAAGUACGUCUGCCAGACUCGGGCCCAAGACAUCAGACCAACACCGCGCGCCCUGCCGAGAGGAGCAGUAGCGGUGCAGGUGGUUCCUGGCGGCUGGUGCAGAACGGGGUGCAGGCCGACACAGGCGAGGCUAUCCCACAGGGAGCACGCAUAGAGUACGGGCCGGACGGUCGGAUGUGGGUGUACGCUCGACAAGAACACGUGCAGUGGACAACCGUCCACCUGACCGACAACAACUCCCAUCCGUACCCACCGGUACCGUUAAGUCCGAGACACCAGGACAACAACCAGAGACCGCCGGCGUCUGUAUUGCAUUCCUCCGGGUUGAACAUAAAGGAGAGUGUACCACACCUGACCAUACAGCAAAACGACGCUGAGCACAACUCUGUUACAGUCAUGAAGAACGGCAACAUCAAGGGAAGGGACGGGAAGACUGUCAUACAGUCCGUACCGACCAUGGCUAGCGGUGCACGGGCCGGGGUCUCACUGUCGGGGAGCACACGGGGCGGAUAUACCGACACACCGUCUCACUAUCAGAACGGCCACGCCAUCCCGACGGACCACACAGAAGAAAAGUCCAUCAACUUUCAGUCAGAAACGGAAAAUUCUGACCAGUACAGAGGCUACUUUGACCGAGACGACUCGAUCUCGAGUUCCUACACCAGUGGUUACAGAAACGACGUGGAACUGGAAAGAGUUCGCCAAGGUAUGGAAAUGUCCAUGGACUUUGUCGACGAGAGCGGUGGGCGUUCUCGAAAAAUCCCCAGUGACGAGUUCGUGGGAUGGUAGUCAUCAUGACAGUCCACGUUGUCGUGAACCCUUUCCCAUUUGGUGUGGUGUAGUGCAGCAGGCAAACUUUUCAUGAUGGGGCCUUCGCGAUGGAGGUACUACCACAGAGGCCUUUGCUUUUUGGCACUUUUUCUAAAUGUACAUCUUACUGACUGAUACCGGUGUAUUUUUACUUCUUUCCAAAUCAUCAAAACGAUGUGUGGACCAUUCCACUGUCAGGUUUUUUCUAGCGGAGUCUCGUGUACGAGUUAUGGAUUUGUACGCGUAAGAAUUUAGACAAUCAAGGACGAGGGAAA